AUAUCUUCCCCUUCACCUCCGCACUUCUCUUCAAACAAAAUCAGCCCAAAAUCUGCCAUUUCUGCUUCGAGAACUUAAAAUUCCAAAGUAGCGACUUGCUCAAAUCACCAGGAGUUGUCUGAGGUUUUGCUGAUUUUUGAGAACUGCUCAAAUGGGUCUCUCCAUGAACACCACCCCACCAAGCUCUGUGGCUGAAUCCCACUACCACACCCACAAGGUCUUCCUCUUUUGCAACUACAUUCUACUUGGUGCAGCCUCCAGUUGCAUCUUCCUCACCCUCUCGCUCCGCCUUUUCCCCUCCAUAAGCGGGUUCUUUCUAAUCCUCCUCCACGUCCUCACAAUCGCGGGGGCGGUCUUCGGCUGUGCAGCGGCCUCAUCGGGCGGGACUAACAGGUGGUAUGCAGCUCACAUGGUGGCCACCGUGCUGACAGCGAUAUUUCAAGGAUCGGUCUCGGUGCUGAUCUUCACAAGGACGGGGGAUUUUCUGGGGCAGUUGAAGUCCUAUGUGAGGGAAGAGGACGGCGCUGUGAUACUGAAGUUGGCUGGCGGGUUGUGCGUGUUGAUCUUUUGCUUGGAGUGGGUGGUCUUGACACUUGCAUUUUUCCUAAAAUACUAUGCUUAUGUCGAGCGUGAUGGUGUUGGGGCUAACGGCUAUGGUAUGAGGAGGAGUGCUAAAGUGCAGCAAGAGGAGGACUUGAAGGACUGGCCAUGGCCUUUCCAAGUCUAAACAGAUCGUUUUUGGUGUUGACCAGCGAUAAUAUCGAGUUAUUGGAGUCCUCUAUUUAAUUUUUAAGCUUUUUUUUGUUUUUUUCCAUUCUAUUUUGCUUUUACCCCCAUGUGAUGAUUAUAUAUAUUGGGGGUGUAUUUGAUUUAUUUAUUUAUAUAUGUUUUUACUGUUCUUCUUAAACGGAUGGGACUUGAAUGACGUCGAUUACCUAUUUUCUCAGUGAAUUUCAUGUAGAGUGUGGCCAAAACAGCUGUUUGGGUUCUUCAAUAGCAGAGACGAAAAAUCUGUUGUAAACUUGGCGUUGGUUCA